UCCAACACUAAAAGUAAAGCAACAAAAAUUUGGGCAACCAAAAUAGCAACUGUUUGGAAAAUCUAUUAAUUUAUUAAUAAAAUAUAACACAAAUCUCGUGAAAAUGGCGGCAAAGGUUGCAAGCGGCGCUAAUAAAGUCUUUCAAAAUCACGAUGAUGUCCACAUCUCCUUCGAGGACCAGCAACGGAUAAACCGCUUUGCCAAGCACAAUGCCCGCAUGGAUGACUUCAAGGCGGAGCUGGAAACGAAACGCAAUGAGCUCAAGUGUGUGGAGGAGGCCCUGGACGAGAUCGAGCUGUUUGACGAGGAUGAGGACAUUCCGUUCCUGGUGGGCGAGGUCUUCCUGUCGCACAAGCUCGGUGGUACGCAAAAGCUACUAGGAGAGACCAAAGAGCAAGUUCUGAAAGAGAUCGCCGCCAUUGAGGCGAAGGCCAAGGUUAUCAAAGCGGAGAUGGACGAGCUGAAGGCCCACUUGUACCAGAGGUUCGGCAGCAACAUCUCCCUGGAGAGCGACGACUAGAUCUGCGCUCUGCUACAUCGAUUGUGCAUUUUACAUUAAACAAAAUAGAGUACAUUUAAUUUAAACUCGAUUAAACCUCUGAGCUUAGAGCA